AUAAUAUAUAGGCUAUAUUUAGCAUAGGUAAGUUAGUGAACAGUAAUGGGAAGCAGGAUUCGAUUCUAAGUUCUAAUUGUAAAUGAUGAGAAAAAAUAUGUUUCAAAACCAGAAGGGAAUUAUUAAUCCACGUUAACAGCCUGUAUCACUCAAGAUUUGCUUUUAUUUUGUCUGCAACUAUUAAUGAUUUUAGAGUUGAACACAGCAUGCCGUUAUAUUUGUAACUAUAAUCUGUGAACGUCCUAUAACUUCAUAUCUUUUCCUGCCAGCAUGGCAAAAGCUGUUGCUGAAGAUUAUAGAUCAUCGCUUCUUGAUCUAAAUUGCAAUAGCAAACCUCAUAUUACCAUGCUAACUAUGAUAGCAGAGGAAAAUAUUAAGUAUUCUUCAGCGAUAGUAGAUACUAUUGUUGACCACAUUAUGGAAGUUCAUCCUAGUUUGAAAUUACCAUGUCUUUACCUUGUGGAUUCUAUUAUGAAGAAUAUUGGAAAACAGUAUCUUACUCUAUUCAGUGAUCAGAUAAUUAGUCUUUUCUCAGCUGUUUUUGAAAAGGUUGAUGAGAACACUAGAAGUCUUCUUUUUAAACUGCGUCAAACAUGGUCCGGAAUAUUAGCAGAGAAAUUGCUUUAUAAUUUAGAUCUAAUAAUUAGAAAAUUGGAUCCAGCCUGGCCUGUUCUUGCAAUGCAUAGUCAUUUUAAUCUUCAAGGUGUUAAUAUUGGUACUCAAAAGGAAACAGUUCCUAUAUCCAGCAAAGUUAUAGAACUAGAAAAAGAGAGAAAAUUGUGUUCUAAAAAAGAUAUGUUGAACCAGUUAGUUGAGAAACGUAAAAAACUACAAUUUAAUAUGAAUUCAGAAACAUCUACUAAGUCAAAAUUUGAAAAAAUUCCUUCUAGAGCAAUUAAAGAUGGUUUUAAGGUUAUGAGCAAAGAUAUAGAAAUAAGUGUAGAAGAUGAACCUUUUCAGAAACAUGUGAUGGAGACUGGAGGUUUUACUCCUGACUUUUCAUUUCAGCAAACUAUGCACAGUUACGAAAAAGAAUUCAAAACACAAGAGAUAAACACCACAAGUUUUCUAAAACAUAUAAGUAAGACUAAAAAUAGGAAAGAAGGUGUGAAUCUUAAAUCUAAUAGAGCUUUUUUUAAAAAACAUUUUCGGAGGAAACAUGCCAAACUUGGUUUUAGUGAAUGGGAACAAACUAGAAAAAAGUUGAUGAAAUCUGAUGAAAAAAUUAAUAAUGAUACUUCUCAUAAUGUUUGUUCAAACAAACAAGAAAUAGAAACUGUUAAUCAGUGUUUUGAUUCUAAACAUGAAUCUGAUUCCAAGUUAAAAGAUCUGAACCUGAAUCAAAAUUCAUUAAUUGAUAAUGAAGGUAUUUGUGAAUCAAUUCCUAAAGAUAAUGCUUCAAUAACUGAUAUAACUACUCAUAAUAAAACUGAUUUAAAUACAUCAGAUUCUAGUACAUUUAAUGAACCUAUUUCCAGAAAAAUAGAUGUUACUUUCAAUACUAUUCAGCCUGAAAAAUUAAACACUGUAUUAGCUUCAGAAAUUUGCCACUUAAAAGAAAGUCCCAUGCUAGCAGAUAAACAGAUUUCAUUUGUAGAAACUAAUGAAAAUAAAGUAAAUGAACAUAACAAAAAAAUUGUGGAAAAAAGCGAGCCUAUAGAUCAAGCUUCUGAAUCAUUUAAUGCUCUUGAAAAUGUAAAUGAGGAUAUGUCUAAAACAUCAGUUAAACGCGAUUUCAAAAGUGUUGAAGACACAUCAACAAAAGAAGAAAUUCCAGAAAAAAUUCCAAGACUUGAAAGCUGUGAAAAUGAUCAAUUCAGCUCUGAGAAUGAUCAAGUAUUAUUUGGGAACCAGGAUCAAGAUCUUAGAAGACUAACUGAUCAAGAUUUUAAAGGAUGGGAUCAGUACAAAGAAGUUUAUCCCGAUGAGUUUGGAAAUCCUAAAGUGUCAUGUAAAAACCUAGAAGGAAAACAAAAAUCUCUAAAGAUUUCAGCUGAGUCGAACAGUUCUUGUUUACAAUUUGUUAAGGAAUAUUUCCUAACAAGAAUGAACCAACACAAAGAUUUGCAUUCAAGAGAAAUGGUUAGAAGUAACGAAAAUUAUACUGCAGACUGUUUUGAUCCUUUUCUCUAUAUUCAAAAAGCAGAAGAAAGUUAUAGGAAAGGGGAAAUGUCAGCCGCUAAAUUUAUGGAAUUAUUAUCAGGAAAUUGUCAGGAGUUCAACAAGAUGUUUUUGAGUAAUUUUCAAAAUGAGGAAAAAACAAAAGAAUCUCAAAAGAUAGAAUCUAAAGGAGUAAUACCAUCUACCAACUCAUGGGAAAACUGCCCAUUAUCACCCCAAACUAUAAUGAUUAAAGAUUCUUAUGUACUUAAAGGUACAAGAGAGUUCAUAUUAGAUGGUCAAAAGAGAACAAUACACUUCAUUGGAAACAGAGCCUUUAUUAUCUUUGAUAAUGGUGCACCACAUGAAUUAACUUUCAAAGGAGAACAGAAAAGUAUACACAUUGAAGGCUUGCCUAAUCCAAUACUACUAAAUUUUGAUGGAAAAUCUGCUGAAUUUGAAAUAAAUGGUAAAAAACAUACAAUAUGCUUGGGUAUUCCCACAAGAGAAGUUUACAUCGAUAACCAACCAUAUGAAAUUAAGUUUGGUGGUCCACCCUUGAUGGCUGAUCUAGGAGAUGGUCGGUUAUGUAAAAUAUUUGCUAGUGGUCCGGUUCCUCAGGUUGUUAUUGGAACAGAGCCCUGUUUUGACAUUGUAAAUAAGUUCCAUCCUAGCACUGUUGGAGAGAAAUGUGAUAUUAAGCAUCCUGAAAAGAAAGAAUGUGUUGAUGAGCAUGAAGAUUCUAUUUGUGAAAGUAAAGACUUCAAAGAUGUUGAUAUGAGACAAAAGCCUCCGGAAUUGCAUUCUUUGCUAAACAGUGACUCUGAGAGCCUCAGUGAUGUCGACUGGAGGCAAGCUAAUAUGAAUAAUAAAUUUAAUGAUAAGAAAAAUCAUGCAAUUAAUGAAGAGCCAGGACUGAAAUACCUAGCAUGUCAACCACUUGCUGCUUAUGAAAGAUUAGAUGAAAAUCAAGAAAGCCAUAACUAUCAGGAGGAAAACUCUUGGAAUCUCCCAACUGACAAAAGCCCUUCUCACAACUUGAAAUUACACAAACAUUCUGAAAUACAUUCAGAUUAUCCUGUUGCAGAAGAGGAAAGAUGCAACAGAAAUUUUUAUCCUCAUUGGAAUGAUUCCAGGUGGCCUGAGCAACAGUGGAAAAGACAACCAAAUGAAUUUAGGGAACCACAUACUUUUCCUCCUCCAUAUCCUCCGUCAAAUCAACAUUCAGAAUAUCAUCAGACAUAUAUAGAAUUUCAAGACACAAGAGGCCAUCGCUUUAGUCCAUCACAUUUAAUUCAUGAAGAUGACGGAUAUAAUUCUCAAAUGAACUAUGCUAAAUCAAGACCUUAUAAAAGAAGAUCUGGAAGAGGUGCAAGAUAUGGCUUCCGUGGAUCUUGGAGAGUUAGAGAAAGGAAUCCAAAUCCUAUGAACACUCAGUUGGAACAACCUCAAAAUCAACAAUUUCAUAUACCUCCACCAGGUUUGCUGCCACAAAUAUCUAAUUUAGUUUCUACUUCUGCUUCUACAUCAGGACAACCAAGUUUCAGAGAAGCAUUUGAAGAGCAUGUGUCAAUAUGUUCUUCAGAAGGAAAUUUAAACACAAAAGUUCCUGAUGUAGAUGUUGAUUCUCUUAUGAAGAAGUUGCUUGCUGCAGGAAUAAUAAAUUCUAAACCUGAGGAGCUCAAGCAUAAAGCUGAUGCUGAUGAGAUUAAAAAAUCAGUUGACAAAAUGAAACAAGACUCACCUAAAACAGAAGAAAAUAUUCCUCCAAUUCUGCUUAAGUCAGAGUGUCUCAAAGUGUAUAAGGGUCCUGUUAUUUCUGCUUUGCAUAGAGGUUUUCAGUGUGACUCCUGUGGUUUAAGAUUUAGUGAUUUAAAAAAAGAAAGUUAUAGUAAGCACCUGGACUGGCAUUUCCGCAUGAAUAGAAGAGAACGAAGUAGCUUAAAGAAGGUUUCUUUUCAACACUGGUAUUACGAAAUUGAGGAUUGGAUUCAGUUUGAAGAAUUUGAUGAGCCUGAUGAUAAAAGUAAAAAUUUUUUCGAACUACAGUCAGAAGAGCUUAAAGAAGAAACCAAAGUUCCUGUUCCAAGUGUUCCUGCUACAAAAUCAGAAACUGAGUUAUGCACUGCUUGUAAUGAGCCAUUUCAACUAGUUUGGAUGGAAAAUGAAGAGGAGUGGCAUCUACAUAACUCAGUGAUCUAUGAAGAUGAUGUUUUCCACCCAGCAUGCCUUGUAGAUUUCAAAAAGGAAAAAGAAUCAAAAGUUAUCAAAGAUCUUGAUUUUGUGGAUCCGUUGCCCGUAGAAUCUAACUCUGAGAGUCAUGAUGAUGACAUAAAAGGUGUGGACAGUGAAAUUGAAAUAGCUUUGUAUGAUUUAAUUACCCAAAUUACAACAGGCAGUGAAAUGAUGGAAGAAACGAGUGAGAGUUUAUUGAUGUGUUCUACUGAUGAUAUAAAAAAAGAAAAUGAUGAAGAACUUGUAUUAAAUCAGACACCAUUAGAUCCAAAAAUAGUUAAGAAAGAAGACCCAGUUGAAUCAGAUUUAAUCAGACAGGACUUAGAAAUUUUAGAAGGGAAGCCAGGUGAAGAAGAAAUCAUUGGAGUAAUCUCAGAAGCAGACACUGAGUCUGAUCAUGAUUUAUUUACUGAAGAAUCAAAAAUGGUAACUAUGCAUUCUGGUGGAAUAACGUUGAAAGUUAAAGCAGAAAGGUUUAAACAAACUCCUUCUUCGAUUGGAACAAUUAACAGCAGUGUUUCCAUAGAAGGACAAGAAAGUGAUGAUGAUUUCCGUCCUCCUACACCUGAUCCUCGGUUUCAAGUAAUGCCUUUUGUGAAAAAAGGAAAAGAAUUAUCAGGUUUAUGUGUUAUCAUCUGAUGUAUUUUGUAAUACAUUUGUAUUUUUAUCUGCUUAAUUGAACUAAUACUGAAAGAAUGUUGUUCCUGUAUAAACUGGUUAAUUGCCAAUUUAUUUGUACUGAAAGCUCAAGUUAUUUCAUUGUAUGCAUUAGUGGUACUAAACCUAACAAAAUGGAAUUGUAUAUAGAAUACUUAACGACGUGUGCUCAAACGUAAAUGAAGGCCACCUCCUUCAACCCCUUGGAUUUAUUGGGUGUCUAACCUUUUUUAGACAGUGGCCAACUGGUAUUCACUGGGGCUUAUUAACUGGGUUAAUGCCACUAUUGAUUAUAGAUAAUGACCUUAAAAGUUUAAUUUAAAGUAAAAAAUUAAUUUAUGACUAAAAAUAUAUUUUAAAAGUUAGAUUUAUUAGUUGAUUUGUAAAUGAUGUAAAUAGUGUUUUCUAAAUAGUAUUUACGUUUAUUUUGUAAAGUCUGCCAUUAAGAAGUGAUUCAAACUUAAAAUGAUUUUUAAGUAAUUUGAUCUUAUGAGAGUUAAAUUAUAUUUACUAUGGCUAAGUAACAUUUAAUGCAUCUUAAAUCUUUUUAUCUAAUUAUGUGCUCAAUACCUUAAAUGUGUUUCUUAAAGUUUAAUUACUAUAUAGAGUUAUGUCAAUUAAAUUGUUGUUGCAAUUGUACUUAAGUAUUAUAGUUUUAACUCUCUGAAAGAUUAUUUAAUAUAUAUAUAUAUAUAUAUUGAAUCACUGUUCAACUAUAAGUGUGUAAUGUGUGAUAUCAUAUUGCUGUGAUAAAACCUCUCAGAUAUCUAUUUGUUUAGCUUCUACCCGUGAUUAUACUCUUAAUUUACCUCUUAACUUGUAUUGACCUAGUUGUAUAAAUUUGUUAUUUGUUUUACUUCUUAUACUCAUCUUUAAAUUAAUAUUCUCUUUAAUUUACUUUGUUAUUGUUUGGAACAGAACUUUUUUUUUGUUCAAAAUGUCAACACUUUCUGUGAAAAAUACGGAAAAAUUAUUAUAUUUAUAAAGUAUAAGCAAAAAUUAUUGUUUUCAUUAAAUAAUAACUUGUGUAUAUAUUAGGUAUUUAUAAGUCAUUCAAGAAACUUUUUUGUUAAAACAUUUAUUUCAACAUGUGGAUUCUGCUAUUUGAAAUAUGCUAAUAUUUUUAUGUGUAUAAUUUCUGUGUGACUCCUUUUUCAUCUCUCAAGUAUUGUAUUAUUCAUUUGCAUCAAGUUGUUUUUUCAUUUGCAUCAAGUGGUCAAUUUUGCAUCAAGUUGUUGCAUCAUUUUUCAAGUCAUUCAUUAAAGUUUUUUGUUAAAACAUAUACUGUCAAACACUCUUAUAAUAAGCAGAUUAAAUGAAAACCUGGAUUCAAUGAGGAAAUUGGAAAUACUUGGUCAUUACAAUAGUAAGUCGAUUGAGAAUAGCUUGAACUUAUAGCUUUUUACGAACAAACCACACUUGUAGUGAGAAAUAUUUUUGUGAUUUAUUACAUUUCUCCAUAAUUCCAUCUCUCUAGCAUAGUUAAUACCUUUUUGGAAAAAUUCUUUUUUGAUGUUUUUUUGGGUUAAAAUUUUUUUUUACAAGUUGAUGAUUAUUUUCAGGCCAUGAGUCAUUUCCAAAGAACAAUAAUGAAAAAAAAAAAAAAAAGAUAAUAAAACAGUUCAAAGCAAGUUAACUCAUUUCUAUCAUGCUCUACAGAAAUAAAAAAGUUAAGUUUUGCACCAUUAUAUUGGUUCAAAUUAAAAUUAUGAUAACUAAGAAACUAUCAUCUCAUUUAUAUGUAAGUUGGGUUCUUUAAGAAAAUAUUAAAUUUCUCAUUAUUGUUAGGUCCAAGUUCCUCUUAUGAAAAAUAAUUUGGAAAUAAAUAAUUUGACCUAAAUAAUCUGAAUAAAAUGAAUGGCUGAAAAACUUUAAUUUAUAAAUAACUCGUUUUGUGAAGUAAUAAAUAAAUUGCAAAUUCUAUUAAAAAAUUAUCCCCAAAAAUAAUUUUUAAAAGAAAAACAAACUCUUUUGAGUAGUUUUUUUCUAAAAUUGCGAAUCUUUAAGUAUAUUUUAUGAAAGCAAGUCUGUUAAAAAAGCUUGACAAAGCAAAUACGUUUUAAUUGGUAGAAUAAUUAUAUCUGUGUAUUGGGUGUAAAAGACGCUAUGUCACAAAUGAAAAAUUUUUGAGAAGAACCAGAUGAAUUUGUCUUUAACCCAUUCAAUUACGUUAUAGCGCCUUUUCAAACUGGCUAACGUUGUCAUUUUUAUGCUUAGGAUAUAAUCCUUUAUAUUUCUGAAAAUUGAAUAAGAAAUUCUUUAAACCAUAAUUUUGUAAAAAAAUAUGCAUUGUGCCUUUUUUCCUCUCUUACACAUAUAUGUAUACUAUAUAUGAAAGAAGAAUAAUUUUUUCAAUUUAGGCAUCAUUUUAGCUACCAUAAGCAUAUUAAUGCUAUAAAACUUUGGUAUUGCCUUGGUGUUUUGAAACUUAUAGUUCACAUCAAGUUAAAAUCAAUUAUAAGAAUCCAUUCGGCUAAAUAGUUUUCAUUGACAAGAAUCGAAAGAUAGCAUUAUUUUGCUCCAAUAAGUGCUAGGUUCUUAUGAAUUAAUUUUUGUAUACGACCCCUAAUAAGAAUAUUAUUAAUAUUUUUACUGUUAUUGGGAACCCACAUAUUGUGGUAUUUUUCUUCUAUGAGAGUUAAGUUUUAUAUUUUCUAAAUUGUAAUUUUUAUAUUAUAAAGACAUAAAAAAAAAUUAUGUUUUUUUAUUUUAUUGAGAAUAUUUUGGGAACAAAGAGAAAAUAGUGUUUAUGUUUUAGUGCAUUUAAUAAAAUAAUGUGUAGUUACAAUGUUUUAGUAAUACAAAUGUAUUGGGUAGAGUAGUGAUGGCAACUAAAUAAUUAAAUAAAUUUUCUUUAGUGGGGAUGUUUUAUUUUACUAUAUAAAUCAUUAUUAAAAUCAUUUGAAUUUAAUGUUUUUCUUAGAUGAUUAAAGAAAUUCUUCUUAUAAUGAAUUUUAUCAAUUUUUGUACCAUAAAUGUAUUAUCUAUUUAUCUCACAAGAGUAUUCAUCCCCAAUUUCAUAUUUCUUUAAUAGGUGCAAAAUCAUUAUAGCACAUUAAAUAAUAUUGUUGAGGAAAAUGAAUUAUGCUAAAUCCAAUGUAUUAAUUUACAAGUGAUUUUUAUUCUAUAAAUUUCAAGAUUUGUGCUCAGUACUAUUAAUUUUAUAAUAAAUAUUUUUUAUAAAAUUAAAAUAAAUUUUGUUAAAUGAUUUUUAUGAAAUCAAUUUUUUAUGAUGUAGAAUUUUGUAAUUAAAUAAUUGUUAAAUUUUUUAAUAAUUAUGAGCAGUAUAUUUAUAAAUAAUGAAUUUUAUUUAGUGUGUAUUUAAUAGGUGUUAAAAUAAUUUUUUGUUGAGGACCAAGUUUUUGUAAGAAUUUUGCAGUCAAGUUAAAAGUUAACUUGAUAUUAAAAUAUCGCAUUUAUACAAUUAUAAUGGGGAUUAAUUCUGAAAUCAGUUGAAGAUGAAAGAUAUGUUUAUGCAUUUUGUUGGAAUUCAUGCCUCCAUUUAUGCAGUUUAUAUUAUUGUCUAUGAUUUGAUUAUGUAGACUCGACUGAACUUUUCUAGUCUAAUGAUAUAUAUUUCUUCCUCUAAUGGAAGAGAAUGUAUAAGUAAUCUUCUGUAAGUGGAAGAGUUUUAAACCUUGAUAUCUGCUUUGCAGACUAUUUGCUUCAUGUUGAAUUCAUCUAUAAAGAAACAUCAGAUGGGUAAAACAAAACACUUUUACCUUUUUACAAAACUGAACUGUGUUUAAAAUGGAGUUAAUUUUUGUGUUCAAAAGAGAAUCAAUAAAAGAAUUUUAUUAUGUGGUA